ACCUUAGCUUAUCACCUUAUCUAUAUAGAUCGUGUGCCGCGCCGUCCCUCCCUCAGAGCGCGCGCAGAAGAAAAACCUCAGCCAUCGGCCGGAGAUCACGCGAGAAAUCAGUCCGUCCGACAUGGCGGCCGGAGGAGGGAGUGACGACGAGCUCAAGCUGCUGGGGUUCUGGGCGAGCCCGUUCGUGCACCGGGCGCGGGUCGCGCUGCACCUCAAGGGGAUCACCGGCUACGAGUACGCCGAGGAGGACCUCACCAGCAAGAGCGACCUCCUCCUCGCCUCCAACCCCGUGCACGCCAAGGUCCCCGUGCUCCUCCACGGCGGCAAGCCCGUCUGCGAGUCCAUGCUCAUCGUGCAGUACCUCGACGAGGCCUUCCCCGGCUCCGGCUCCGGCCCCGCCCUCCUCCCCGCCGACCCCCACGACCGCGCCGUCGCCCGCUUCUGGGCCGCCUACGCCGACGACCACUUCUUUGCCUCGUGGAUCAAGGCGUUCGCGGGGACGACGGACGAGGAGAGGGCGGCGGCGACGGAAGCCGCGGCGGCGGCGCUGCAGAAGAUGGAGGGCGCGUUCGGCGAGUGCUCCAAGGGCAAGGCCUUCUUCGGCGGCGACGCCCCGGGGUACGUGGACAUCGCGCUGGGUGGGUACGUCGCGUGGAUGCGCGCGUUCCACGCGGUGGCCGGCGUGGACCUCCUGGACGCCGCCCGGACCCCGUUGCUGGCGGCCUGGGCUGAGCGCUUUGCCGCGCUCGACGCCGCCAAGGAGGUCAUCCCGGACGUCGACCGCAUCGCCGAGUUCGCCAAGCGCGAUUUGCUGCCGCUGCUCCAGAAACUGCAUACAAAAACAGAGCAGUGAUCGAGCCAACCAUUUACUGCUAGCGCUAGCAGUAGGCCUCGAAUUGGUGGCGGUGCUGCUGCUUGAAAUAAGGAUGCACAGUACUCCCUCCGUUCCUAAAUAUAAUAAGACUUUUUAGAGAUUGCACUAUAAACUACAUACGGAUAUAUAUAGACAUAUUUUAGAGUGUACAUUCACUCAUUUUGUUCCGUAUGUAGUCGCCUAGUGAAAUCUCUAAAAUGUCUUAUAUUUUGAAACGGAGGGAGUACAAGUUAAUAUGGGGUAUCAUUCUUCGGCAUGUAUCUUCUUCAUCUGCUGAUCGUGGGUUGUUAUACACAUGCACUUGGUACUAAUUCUUCCACAUGUAUCUUCUUCAUGUGUGACAUUACAAGUUAAUAAAAAUGCCCUUUUUCUUUUUGCAAAGAUGAAAUAAAAAAACCUAAUCGAUGUCCAGCGAGUAGGCGCGAUGCAGCGGCCGCGUCACAACCGUCCAUCUAAACGAAGCGGUAGACACGUGGGUCCGACAACGCGGGGCGGUGGGGGCUUUAUCUUCGAAUUUUUAGGGAGACGAGCCGUCCACACUCCACUUCUCAUUACCCAUUCCCCUCCCUCACUCUCUCCGCCAAAUCCCUAGCAUCGGAGUCCACCAUUGACGGGAGAGCUAGUACGGGGGUGGUGCGGGAGGAAGCGGGAUUGGGGGGCGGGCAACAAGUGGAUCGGCGGGGGAGACCCCGCGCCGCGCACUCGACCGGAGGAAGGGUGCUCUACACACGGAGGCUGUGGGCCGACGAAGAUCCAAGUCGUCUCUGCCGCAUCCACGGAAACCACAGCAUUCGCUGCUAUCACCAAAAGGUAGAAGGGCCAGCUGUAGACCCGCCUGGAGAGAACUCAGGGUCCAUCCACAUCCAUCUCGACUCCAAGCAUCUAGAGAAACACGAAAGCCAGUUGAAAGGCAAGACUUUUAUACUGGUUUUAAGAUGGAGGACUUCGCAGAUCAAAAUGAUAGCGAGAACAAGGUACAAAACAAUAGUCAAGCAAAAUUCAAGGGCCAGGAGUCAGCAGCUUCUUAUGUUCAUAGCACCAAGUUCAGCAACAUUCAGUACAAAGGCUAGUUUUUGCAGUUUUUGUAGUUUGUAGGCAACAUUCAGCAACACCAGGUUCAACAACAACUCAGUACAGAGGCUAGAUUUUGCAGUUUUUGCUCUGAAAUAGACAGGGAAAUCUACUAGUUCCAUUCAGCAAUAGACAGGGAAAUCUACUAUUUCUUAAGACAGUACCUAGACAAACUGAAUUGCUCUUGAUAGACAUGUUUACCUUUUGCUGUUUCACUUUGAAGAGUUUUACCCAGUUGUGGGAGUUGAA